UAGAAGGUCUCUUCUCCCACUCCGAUAUAGAACCAACCGAUUCAGUUCAGCCCGAGUGUUUCUUGUGUGAGUGUAGAGUGUUGGUGAGGAAGUUACUACUAGGAUAUAGCAUCUACUUUACUACUAGCCGCAGGACUGCGACACUGAGCAGCGAACCACUCGCUUCAUGCCAAUAUGAACGCGCCCCCGGCCUUCGAGUCCUUCCUGCUGUUUGAAGGCGAGCAGAAGAUAACAAUCACUAAGGACACAAAAGUACCGAAUGCCUGUUUGUUUACCAUAAACAAGGAAGAUCAUACAAUUGGAAAUAUUAUUAAAUCCCAGCUGUUGAAAGAUCCUCAAGUUCUGUUUGCAGGAUACAAAGUACCACAUCCUCUGGAGCAUAAAAUUAUAAUAAGAGUUCAAACAACACCUGAAUACAGUCCCCAAGAGGCGUUUACUAAUGCCAUCACAGACUUAAUAAGUGAACUGUCCCUUUUGGAGGAAAGAUUUAGGGUUGCUAUAAAAGACAAGCAAGAAGGCAUUGAAUGAAAAUCAUAUGCAGAAUUUGGCAUGGGCUAUAAUUACUGCUGUUGCAAUAUUUCCCUUUUUUGUGGGGAAUAUAUAUGACUGGCGUAUUGUGUGUUUUGUGUCUGUUUUUCAAUUUUACACAAUAAAAAAAUAAUUUUAAUCUUGA